AUGAGGCGAUUGGAUCUCGAGAUAGUGGCUCCGGGGCUUCAGGCUAUAUUAUUGGCUCUCGUUGUUCAACCGACCUUGUUGGAGAGGAUUAAGAGUCUACAACCCGCAGACCCUAAUCUCCAAAAGGUGCGGCGAGACAUCGAGGGUGGAUGUGGUGGCGAUUUCGGCAUAGACGCCGGCGGUGCACUUCGGUUUCGUAACCGUUGGUGCGUACCGGAGAACGAGGAUGUUCGAAAGUUGAUUUUGCAAGAAGCGCAUCGGACUCCCUAUAGUAUCCACCCGGGCGGCAUCAAGAUGUACCAGAAUCUAAAGAUGCAGUACUGGUGGCCGAGAAUGAAAGCGGAUAUUGGACACUAUGUGGCGCAGUGCCUAGUAUGCCAACAAGUUAAGGCAGAAUGCCGAUUUCUAGUAGGAAAGCUUCAGAGUUUACCCAUUCCUGUUUGGAAGUAG